AUGUCGCCUACCAGCAGCCGACGUUCGAGUAGACUACAAGCUUUACCGACUGAAAUCAAGCUUCACAUCCUCCAUGCUUGCGCAGAUACCUUAUCCAUUCGUGGGAUGCUGGAGUUAUGUCUCGUCAAUAAAGAAUUUUACCAGAUGGGCAUGGAAGCCAUCUUUGAGUCUGACAUACUUCAGAAUGCGGUGUAUUGGGACCCCGUACGUGGAACGAAAGUACGUUAUGAGAAGAUCAUUGAGGAUGAGGACUAUACAUACCCAUUUUUCAAUGAUGGCUCCAUCGCCUCCGGCGACGAUGAGGAUGAUGAACUACCGAUAUAUUUCAAACCGUCUUCAACACUUUCUGAAAAUUCCGACAAUAAAAAACUACCCACGGACUCUAUGGACCGCAAAUUCAUUCUAAGCAACGAGUUUUGCAUAAGAUACUUGAAAGCUCGAACCUUGGGACAGGUCAAGAAGAAGCCACCCACCCAAGAUCAUAUCAUGUUGAAGGCUAUUGCAGAACGGAUGAAGCAGUACAGACUUGAUCAUAAUCCAUCUUGCAGUACCACAAUAGAGGAAGAAAUCCAGGUAGUCUGCGAGGUCGCAGUGAAGCACGGAUACAUAAAUGAUCGACACGAUUUCUUCACCGGCGAGCGACGAUAUCAAGAUAGUAUCAUUCCACUGUCGUGCCUGGAUGAAACUUGCGCUGUUGUGCGCGAUGGGCUGGUUGCCAUGUCGAUCUAUCUCAAUGAGCCUGAUAUCUUGAGAACAGUACUUUCCAAAAAGCAAUUAGUCAGUUGUCUAGAUCACUUCGGCGUCCAAAAGCACAUCGAUAAGUCUGCCAAUUGGGAGUUUGAAGCGACAGCACCCUUUACACCCUGGAAUCCCACCGUCGUCCAGAAAGGAGCCAACAUAAAACUCGGUUUCGAGGCACCCGAGUGCGGACGCUCUCUUGUCCGGCUCGCAAACUCUGCCAGAAUGGUUGUACAGAUAGACAACAUGAAUUGUGCCACUAUAUUACUGGACAGCCUCUCCGGAUAUUCUCCGGAGCAAGAUCGUGUCAGACAAGAUAUCAUCAACGAAUCGAAAACACCAGAAAGACCGAAAUGGCUGCGCUUUGCAGUAGCCUGCGGUCCAUCGUUGACAAAAUACAGAGUCAUUCAUCCAGGGCUUCAGCAUGAGCUGGAUUGGAAUGGGCGCACAUACUACAACAGCCGAAAGAGUGCAGCUAUCGAUCUAAGCAAGAUCUUGGACAAAACUACGAGUGUCGACAUAUUUCAAGUUGUUUAUGAUGCGAUCCUGGAAGGUUUCAACGAGACAGAGGGUGUUUGGUGGACCAAGACCUCAUAUGAACACUCCUACGCGGCACAUACUUUGGCUUCAUGGGGAACGGCAAGAAUUCAUCGUGCUGUUUUGGAUGAUUCUAUGCCCUUGGUCAAAAGGCUAGUUGAACUAGGCUAUCACCUUCGCCCGACACACUUCUCCAUGGACCUUGAAAAUGAGGAUGUCCAAACAUUGGUGGAUAGUGAAAAGCCAAGAGAUAUAUCUUUGCAACUUGCUACCAGCAGAGGCGACUUGGAGAUGGUUGAGCUUCUGUUUGAUAUUGGGGCGGAGAGGAAUAGGAAGAAUGUGCGAAAGGCGAUGCAAGUUGCUAUGAAACAGGGCAAUCUGGAAAUCCUUCAGCUUCUUGUGAAGAAGGGUGAUCCGAAAGGACUUCUCAACAAAAGACACAAGAAAAUUUGGAGGAAGGAAUUUGAAGAGAGGGGACAGCAGGAUAUGCUACCAUGGAUCGAAUUGAUGUGA